CUGUCUGUUGUAGGCAGACGGUGAGUUGAUGUUUUCAUUGAAACCUGACUCCCCCCCAGCUUGAUCUAAAAGUGACACAUUGGGGCAGGAUUAAUUGGGAUGUUUUCAUCCCUGCCUGGUGGCUAAUUGCACUGUGACUGUCUUUGUGAAUGGAACAUCCAGCCAACGCAGCCUACUCCUUCUUUCCCCUCCCCCUCUUCCUUAUGCAGUGCCAACACAGGUGCCAAGAUCCAUCACAUCAGUCCCUUCUUCUGACCAGUAGCAUGUACUUUCCUGUCUCUUUAUGGCGCACAACCACUCAACGAACCGGUAAACAGGUUGUGUGUUCCAGCCCCCACUCUCACCUCGCCUUGCCUCCCUCUUACCCCCGCCUCCUCUGCGUAAUACAAACCUCGUGAUCACCCAUUCAGUUCUGCAAGCGUCUGCCUCUUUGGGAAAUAAUAAGGCGAGGAGCCGAGGCGGGGGGCAGGCAGGUGUUGUGGAAGUUAAAACCGGCCAGGAAGAGCGGGCGGGGAGAUUGUGGCUGGCGGUCCACCGGUCCCGGCUGAUCCCGCAAGAGUAAACCCUCAUCCCUCAGGAAUGCGAUCUGGAAAUCCGGUGCACGCAGUGUUUGUGGAGAUUUAGUGUUGUACAGGUCUGCAGUACACUAGUGCCUCUCCUCCUCCUCCUCAUCAUCAUCAUCCUGUGUUGGACCACAAGCAUCCUGGUGUGGCAAGGCCAGUAAAGAUGGGCCGGAGGCUGGACUUGUCAGGCCUGACAGAUGACGAGGCUGAACAUGUGCUAAAAGUUGUCCAACGGGACAUGAAGCUGAGAAAAAAGGAGGAGGAUCGGCUAAGUGAGAUGAAGCAGGAGCUGGCGGAGGAAGGCAGCAGAUGCUCCAUCCUCUCCAAGCAGCAUCGUUUCAACGAGCACUGCUGCAUCCGCUGCUGCGUGCCCUUCACCUUCCUGCUCAACCCCAAGCGUGAGUGCCUGGACUGCCAGUACAACGUGUGCAAGACCUGCUGCAACUACAACAAGAAGGACAAAGCCUGGCUGUGCUCCGCAUGCCAGAAGGGCAGGAUUUUGAGGACACAGUCCCUGGAAUGGUAUUACAACAAUGUGAAGAGGCGCUUCAAGAGGUUCGGCAGCGCUAAGGUUUUGAAGACACUAUAUAGGAAGCACAUUAUAGAGAGAGGAGCGCUAUCUGAUCUCCCAGAAAGCAGCAUCCACGAGGGAAGUUUCGGCAAUGACAACGAUGGCAGCAUAUGUGGCAGUGACUCGGUCUUCUACAAACAGAGUGAAGGACACAGCAUGGCUGAGACACUCACUGUUGCCUUGCGCGUUGCUGAGGAAGCCAUAGAGGAAGCCAUUGCCAAAGCAGAGGAGUUCAGCGACAGUUUGGAGAAGCAAAAUGAGGCUAGGUAUCUGCGGGAUCACAAAGAAGAGCUCAUAGAAGAACUUGCCACAACCAUUGUACAAAAGAUCAUCCAGAGGAGGAAGCGCUCAGAGAUGCAGACAGAGUAUGACUUUGUCUGGCCUCAGCCUCAGUCCCUGAUUCAGACCAGUGAACAAGCCUCACCCUCACAACCCCAGACGUCUUCACAAGGACCUUCGGACGCACUCAAGUCAUCCUUCAGCCUCUCGCGCUCACGCUCAGCCUUCUCCCUCACCAGUGACGACUCUCCCGAGAAAAUUCCUCAAGACGAGGCUGUCGGCGCGGGUGGUAGCCUACAAGAGUACUCCUCUCUGAAGAGGGAGGCUAAAGCCACGUCCCUGCCUACCUGGAAGAGCGUCGACCGUCUGGACAAUUCCAGUGCAUCUUCAGUCCUCCAAAGUCCAGACGGCAACUGGCUCGCUCUCCACAGCUCUCAACUGUCUCGUCCCAGCCUCCUCACCAAGAGGAAGAGCCUGGUGUUCAGCGUCUUGGAGAAGGAGUCCGGCGUCAUCUCUGCCUACGACGAAAUGGGUUCUGACUCUGAGGAGGGCGACCAAGGCAGCUGGGGAGCAGCAUUGCAACAGUUCCGCCGUAAACUGUCCGAUGAGACCUACUACACGGACUCCCAGCAUGACCCCGAAUGGACAUAUACGCAGCAUCUGCCCGUGACCUCACCUUCCUCUGGCCAGUAUACCAACACGGAGACUCUCAAUUCUGACUCAGAGGCGUCAUCGGCGCGGUCCUCGUGUCCCCAGAAACCGCCUCAAGGUCUGCUUAGGAAGAAAGGACUGUCAGACACGCAUCUUCACCCUUACCACCAACCACUCUACCACCAAAACCUACACCAAAACCUCUCUCCAUAUCCGCUUCUCUCAGGGGCGCUGGAUGUGAACUUUAACCCCCAGGUAAUGGGUGACAGCAGCGAGGCGGAAGAAAGGCAAAAUGACCCGGUCAGAAGGUCACGGCGGCGCCGUAAAAGCAAGAGAGAUUCAUCCAAUGAGAGCAGGCCCGGGAGUCAGAACUACAAACAGUCCAUUCAGGAGAGGAGUGGUUUUCUUCUGAAUGAUCUACUGAAAAGGGGGCUAAGUGAAGACCAACCUGUUCCUGACUCUGCGCCAAUGAGCAUAGCCGCACCGGAAGCCUUCAAAUUCGAUGCCAUCACCCCCGAAUCCCAAGACUUGGACAAAGUCAUCCUGAAUUCAAAGGACCCGAGUAGCCCACAUUCACCAGACUCUCUGGCUCCAGGGCCCCACCUGACCAUUUUGGGACCCAUGUCUGGAAAGCCUCUGAAGGAAGAACUCCAAUCUAGGAUUAGUAAACUGGUCAGGAGCCGCACCAACAGCAGAGAGAGCAGCUCGUCUGAGGAGGAGCUCAUGGAGAAACACAGUGGCAGACAAAAGCUGAAAGACUCGGAAAGGGAGAAUCCAAGGUUAAGUUUUAGAUUGAGGGAAAAAGCGGGUGAACCAGCUGGUCAAGUGACUGGUCAAGAGAUAAGUGAGAGGUCAAUAAAAAGUCCGCCACUGAGUGGAGAAGGCCGGGUGAAGGAGAGGAGGUCGGAGAGGAGAGGGGGCAGUUUGGAUGAGGUUGCAGAUGAGAAGGAGCAGAAAAGAGGGGAGAGAAGAAAAAACAAGAGACAGCACAGGCGAGAUUUGGAGAAGGAGAUGACAGAAUGGAGGAGCGCUUCCAGUGCUGCCAGCUCACCUGCCGUUACGCCAUCCUCCCAGGAUGUGGUGCUGUCCGACAACCAGAAGUACUCGGCGGCCUCUCUCUGCAGCAUCACCACAGAGGUGUUGAAGGUUUUGAACGCCACCGAGGAGCUGAUCAGUGAGGCAGGAGGGGAUAGCUGCACGCCCUCAGACACUCAGAGCCUGUCCACCAUCUCCAGCAGCUCUGAGACCCGCAGACUGGACCAGAGGCUCACCAAAAUGGAGGAGAAUGUUUACCUGGCUGCUGGUGCCGUGUAUGGCCUCGAGGGUGCACUUGGUGACUUGGAGCAGUGUGCCCGCAAUAUCAGCAGUGGGACCACUGACACAGAGCUGGCUUUCCUGGAAGACCAGGUGGCUACUGCUGCUGCGCAGGUCCAACAAUCUGAAAUGCAGAUAUCCAACAUUGAGGCCAGGAUAUCGGCUCUUAAAACAGCAGGGUUAAAUGUGACUGUGUGCAAUCACAUUUCCAAGUUCAAGCCAACAGCAAAGCCACAAACCCUGGACUCUUCACGCCAUCAGAGGAGGAAGCUGCCAGCCCCUCCACUCAAAGAUAAGAUGGAGCCAGAACAGUCAGUGAAAGUCCUUCGGCCGUAGUGUCGAUCAGAAAGGAGCAGCAGCACAAGUCCCUCAGGGCCACAAACCAGAGCCCUGUGGACAAGGCCCCCCCCCCCCCCACACACACACACACCCUCCCUCUCACCCACUCAUCCAGUGCCUUGACUCAGCGUCCGCCUCCAGCUCCACCCCAAACAGGAGCCUCCACCUGCCCUGUUGCGGCCCCCAAAGCACUCAGCCCUUUCAUGCCAUUGAUGGGAUGUUAUAGCAAAGAUAAGUGGACAAUCUGUGUCUCUGCCUUAAAACCUCUCAAUAACACUCUGUGUGCGGAUAUAUAACUUUAUUAUCGACCGUGACUAGGAUAGACAAUGUCAUUACACUAUCUAAUACUAACAAUUGUAAGACAUUUACCCACAGUUCAGGCUGGAAUGUCCCAUGGGUCCUGGGUAUGAAGCCCCCUUCAAGAUUUCAUGAAUGAUUGUUCUUUUGCACACACGCAGCUAUCAGAUGAUAAUUCCCAUUCCGGGGGGACAAUUAGCAUUUUAUCAUCAUUCCAGGAAGUGGGAAAUAUCCUGGUUGGACCUUCCGAGGUUGACAUCAAAACAUUGUAGUAACAACAAUAAAUAAAUGUGACUGAUGACCCAAACAACUGCAGAUAAAUAUAUUUUACGUAAUCUUUUCCUAUUUGCAGAGGCUAUGGAUCAGGCCCGGUCCUAGAUAGAAAAAAAAUCUUUGACACAGCCACUAAAUAAGUUAAUAAUUAUUGAUAGGCACAUGAGCCACAAGAAUGUGGCAAACCACUACUUUUCUAUUAUGGGGUGCAUUGGUCUGUCUCAAUGAAGCGCCUCUCCUCACUUCAACACACUUCCAAGACACCACAAGAUGGCCCCAAAGUAAUUAUUUGUAUUAGACGAGGCUUUGGCCUGAACUCCAAAAAUAACAAAUAGGUGGUGUUAAUUUUUGUGUGAAUAACAAAAAAAUCUGCAAAAAUAGAUCCAUUCAGGAGAAGCAAUUCACAGGUAGGGGGUAACACUGCCAUUGCGUUUGAUAUUCACAAUGGGCGCCGGAGUUGUGAUAUCACAUUUCAGUGUACCUGUACACUAAAUUCUUCCAAACUCAACUCUCAUUCCAAUACACAUUUCCAAGGUCAGAAAUGUGCAUCUUAUCCAUGACCAAAGGGUCUGUUGUCAUUGUUAUCAUAUCGCAAAAACAAACUAGUCGCAAAGCAUUUUGGUGCUCAUCUCUUAUCUUUUGUGGAGCUUUAGAUGAGAGUUCUAGCCAGUAGCUUAGCUUCUUGAAACCAACAAAAUAAAAUAUUCCUCUAAAUAUUGAACUACUAGCUUGGUGCACAUAUAUAGCUUAAAUUUCUAUUCUAUUUUCUCAUUGUUAGCACAUUGUGUUAAGAGAGAAGCAAGAAGUCUAUUAAUGUAAUAUCUUGUGACACCACAUUCUCUCAUCUAAUGUUCUUCUAGAAUGCAAAUAAGAGUUUUUACCAAAAUGUUCAAGAUUAAUUAAACAGUACCCGCAGGUGACAUACUAAUGAGUGAUUACCGAAGGUGCACACUAUCACGUUAAUGAAUCAACAAGAAACUACGAUCGUCUGGCCUUCAUCUUUAGUGUGAAGGUGAAAUACGAGCCAGCCAUCCAUUGCAGUGUUCUCUUCUUCUACUCUCAUUUUCUCUGACUUUUCAACUUAGUGGCCUUUUGUUUGAGCGGGAUAUUUUUCUGUCCGAACUUUCAUGUCACAUUUAGAUUUUAGCGGGCAGAUUUUACCAGUCAUGAAACCACAGUUUUUGUUUCAUGCAAUUUAUUUUUGUACUUCUAGGACAUUUUUUAAAUGCAUAUCGCAAAUAAGAGAGCUUCAUUUUCCCCUCAGUGGUUCAGAUUCCAAGUGCUUUCAGUGUAUGCCUGCAUUUAAAACUUUGAGGACAAUGUUAUAAUGGGGAAAUAAGGCUAUCAUGAUUCUUAUUUGACAUGACAAUAUUGCUUUUUUUUUUUUCGUUUUUCUUUCCUCAUUCCAGCCAUUAGAAUUUCACGAGUGCAGCAUUGAUUUCUUGACUGGCGGGUGGAAAAUGGAAAAAAUAGGGCGCAAUCCAUCUGCCUCUGUGCACUUGCUCCACCUCUUGUUGUGAGCGACACCUCCUUGCAACCUUUUCAUGUAUUUUUGCACAUAAAUCCCAUCUUUUGCCAUUCUUGGAGUCAUAUAUAAAAGCAUGUUUGUGAUGUACAAAUGCCAUGAGAAGCACAGUUAAAAGGGUCCAAUCUGUGUCCUGUAUUUUUGUACAAAUCUCAUCUCCGAAUUUAAUAUACAGUAUGUAUAUGUAUGGACUAAAAAAAAUGGAUAUGCUAUAAUGUGUAUAUUGACCAAUCAUAGUUUAAUCAUUUUUCAAUGUAGUAUAACACUGACUUCACACGGGAAUUUAUGGAACUAUGUCCCACGUUAAUAGUACAAUUGAUAAAGCAUCACUCGUUUGCUGUUUAAAUCCUGUGUGACUGACAAGAUUGAAGUUUACCGUGCGCAGUGCCACAUCCACUUUAUGUCCAGUUGUUUGUUGCAAUCUGUCACAUUGGGGAAAAUAAUACCAUGCCAAAAAAAAAGUAUUCAUUAAAUGUGCCACCUUACACCUGGCGAAAGAUGUAUUAUGAAGGAAAUAAAAUUUGCAACUUGAAACAC